AUGUAUAUCGCACUAAUUCGCUAUAUUAUCGGUGCUUACAUUCCGUCACUAUUUUUGACAACCGAUGAAUAUUCACUGAUGUAUCCGUUUUGGGAGAAAUUUACGUUUUUGUUACGUGAAUCGGGAUAUAUGCACAUCCAGUCUACAAAACCCGAUUCAGUUGGUACAGCACUAACAGACAGUCCAGUAGGUCUAUGCGCUUAUAUAUUGGAAAAGUUUUCCACGUGGACUAAUCCAGACAAUACUACCAAACAAAACGGUGGUCUCGAAGAAAAAUUUAAAUUAGACGACUUGUUGACUAAUAUUAGCGUCUAUUGGUUGACAGGAAAUAUAACCUCAUCCCUGCGUUACUAUAAGGAAUCGUUCGGCAAUACACCCAGCGGUAAAAUUUUGGUGCCGACAGCUGUGGCCGAUUUUCCACACGAAUUGGCCCGAAUGCCCGAAAAAUGGUUGCGCGAAACAAUGUUACCACAAUUGACUCAAUACACCCGAAUGCCGAGUGGCGGACAUUUCGGUGCAUUUGAAUUACCAAAACAGUUGUCGGAUGACAUAAAAAGUUUUGUCCGUUUGAUUAUCAAUAGAGAAUAAACAACAAAUAGAUAUAAUGUUAUUAUUAAUAAUUCAUAUAAACAUUUUAAGUUAAUAAAAAAUUUA